AUGGAGAACACUGGGCGAUGUGGUGACUUCGGGAUGAUCACGGCCAAUCUCGAGUCCGAGAACCCGGUUGCUAAUGUCGAUGCCACGAAUCGUGCCUCAGCGUUGAUUGCUGAAGGUAAAUUCCCUGAACCGCAGCUUCUGUGCCGCCUAAUCUCUGGUCUUGCUUCCAAUCUGGAGAAGCCUGACCAUGAAUCUGCCGUCAAGAGGAAUUUUUACUUAACUCUAAAGGCAAUAAGGGAGGCCAUCAUCAGCAACCACGUGAACAUGGACUCCUCAACUCGCAAUAAGGCUCUCCAUGCCAUCUGGUGUUGUUCUAUGGAUGAAGGCCUUCGUUGUCUUCAAGAUCAUGCAAGUAUGGUGAGGAUGUGGACAGUUCAGGGUCAACUGGCUGCCGUCAAAAUGAUAUGUGGCGUCUCUCGUCUCUCACCGGCAAACAUCAAUAACACAAGGUGUGUUGCAACCUUUGCCUCACUGAUGUUGUCACCGCACACCACCGUGGUGCGUGCAUGUGAAGAUGCCCUGCUCUCUUUGCCCCCUAUUCCAGGAUUUGCAUUUACCAUUGCAAGAGCCUAUUGCCAUAUUCUUAUAUCAAUGCCACCACAAUCAUCACCUCAAAUAAGUAGCGUGAUUGCGAUACUUGGUAGGCUAAACAAGAUUAGUAUGACCACGGUCGAGGUCGAUCACCCAAGGUUUGAUGACCUGGCCGUGGAUGUACUAGGGUGUUUAGCAAAUUGCAAACUUGUUUUUCGAAAGAAGGUUCUGAACCUGGUGGCGGGCCUCCUCACCCCAACGAAUGUCUGCGAUGUGCUACGGAUCCUGAAUAGUGAGCUGAUUAUGGCAACCUCUGCUAACGUCCAUAUCGAGUACCAACAGAUGUUGGAGAAGGCGAUUAGAGAAUGCCAUAUUAUUUAUCCGGAAAGUAUCCUGGAAUUCACACUAGAUCCCAAAUAUGUUGUGUUCACUGAUUGUAUUCGCUACAUCAUGGAUAUCGUGAACAACAACCCCUCGUUGCGAGCCCAACUUCUGAAAGGUCUUCUGAGGACGCUCCGCCAUGUCAAGUCACCACUGGUAUGCGCUGCUGCUGUCUGGAUCAUCUCGGUCUUCUCUGAAUCACUGGUAGAGGCCAAUGAUGCCAUUGCUGCACUUUCAUGCCUCUUUAAGGACCUAUUGGAUCGGCGUAAAAUUGAGAAACAGAUACUUGGAAGUGAAAUGGAGGAUGAAUACAUACUUCCUACUGAAUAUUAUGGUGUCACUGCGCGUGGUGCACAGGGAGAGCGCCAGCAGCCAUGGCUGGUGGAGAUGGAGGAACUGUUAUUUGUGCGCAUAGGGCUCACACGACAAGCAGAUGGGAGCUAUGACAUUGCUUCGAGUUCCAAGAGCAGUGCUAGUUCUGAAUAUGGGCGUCCUCAUAAGCUGUCAUUGGAGCUUACAGACAAUCUAGCGUUCCUUGUGCAUUCUGGAGAUGCCCUCUUGGCAGAUUUCGUGGAAAACAUGCUGUCCGAGCUUGUAGUGAAGGCCUAA